CGAGAAGAAGAAGCAGAUGAAAACGGCAUGGUAUGGACACAUUUUGAUACCACUUCUCCAAUGCCGAUUUAUCUGGUUGCGGCAGUUAUGGCUAAUAAAUCAGAAUUUUCUAAACUGAAAGCUGGAAUUGAUGAUGUCACAAUACAAUGUAGACAACACAAUUUAUUUGAUUAUUUGUAUGCACAAAGUAUCAUAGCAGGUAUCACGCUGUUUUUAAAACGCGAAUGGGAAGAUGUAAAGGUGAUUUCGAAAGUAGAUAAUAUCGCAAUUCCGAAUUACGAAGAUGACAUGAUAAAUUUGGGACUUAUUUUUUAUAGAGCAUCAGAUAUUAUAUAUGAUGAAGAUAGAGACCCACCUGGAAGCAAAGUCAAAGUGGCGCGCUUAAUAGGAUAUAAAGCAGCACAAGAAUGGUUUCAUAAUGUAUUUAAAUCAUCUUGGUGUUCUAUCCCGUGGUUGCACAAAGCUUUUAUUACAUUCAUGGGAGCAUAUGCUGUCGAUAAGGAUUUUCCAGAGACUCGGAUGAUGGAUUUGUACGUCGUCCAAAUUCAACAUGAAAUUUUGCAUUUGGAUGUUGAUUUUCAGUCUUAUACGUCACAAGCCGCCUUCUCUGAAGUAAUCUCUUACCUCAAAGUAUCCGUUAUAUUGCGUAUGCUGCAACAUGUUGUUACUGAACAGUUGUUUUGGGAUAUUAUGCACACAUGUAUAUGUGAUUAUGAUUAUAAUUUUGUUUAUUUCUACGAUUACUGGUCAGCUUUGAGAGCUGCCUAUUUUUCUAGUCAGAAAUAUAAUUUACUAACAAGGCAAGAAAAAUAUAAUGCCGUAAACGGGGUAGAACAACUGAAAACUUGGAUGAAUCAAAAGCAUUAUCCUGUAAUAAAUGUAAUACGAAAAUAUGAUCAGUCACGGUUUAAAGUCGAGGAUAUAACAAUAGAAAUUGUCAAUAUAACAGAGAGGUUGACUUAUACUACGCAGAUACAAUUGGAUUUUAAUAAUACUUCGCCUGAUAUUUGGCUACUCUACGAAAAAUAUAUGGCGCAAUCCAAUAAACGAUAUAUUCGGAAGAUUGAAAAUCUCAAAAGCGAUCAAUGAAUCAUAUUCAAUUUACAACAAACUGAUUCGCGAUUGUCAAUGUUCAAUGGUUUACCCUAUAUAUGUAUUAAACCAAGAAAAAAUACAAUUAAAAUUACAGUUCAUUUCCUUUUGCAUGUAAUUCAAACAAUUUAUUUUUUGAAUAGUAACAGUGAUAGGUUAAGAGCACGAACAAUACAAAGUGGAGAAGUUGGCAAAUAAGUGUCAAAGCGCGAUUAUUGGUUCCCUAAUUUUUUAUUGUUAAAUCGUAGUAAUAAGCUUGUGUUACAUCCGGGCUCGUGGAAAAUUAAAUCGGGAAGGAACGCAAGUUAUACUUAUAUUAAUUAUAUUAUAUCUUCGAAACACACUCUCUCUUUCUGUUACGAGACAAGUGUUUCCGAGUGGAAUGAACAAUGCUGGGCCUAAGACAGGUCAACGGCCGGAAGGGUCGCUCUUACUCUGUCAGUAGGGCGUUCAUUCGGCGGUCUCUUUUCAGUAAGGGAAGUGAAUCCCUGUUAUGCAAGGGAUCUUGUGCGAUCUCAGAAUACGGGAAAGAGAACGGGUUGAUAAGCUAUUCGUAU